CUCCCUCUCUAACCACUUCCUAUCGCUCUCUCUCUCUCUCCCCCUCCCACUUCCGUCACUCCACGUUUUCAAUCGGAAGAAGGAAGUAACGAUCGGCGCAUGCUCACACUCAUCUCUCCAACUUGUUAAUUAAACAAUUAUCAACAAUUUGAGUGACCAUCUGUAGUUUCAUCGAAGAUGAAUGUGGGCACAGCCCAUAGUGAUGGGAACCCAACCCAUUUCUACCUGAACAGUAAAGGAAUCUGGCUCACUUAUAUAAUUAUGAUCUCUCUGGUCCACUUCAUGCUGUUAAGUGUUCCCUUUUUCUCAGUGCCCAUAGCCUGGACACUCACCAAUGUCGUCCAUGAUGUCCUGAUGUUUAUGAUAUUACAUGUGACGAAAGGUACUCCAUGGGAACCUGCUGACCAAGGUAAGGCCCGAAUGCAAACACAAUGGGAGCAAAUCGACUAUGGUCAACAGUUCACUGCUACGAAAAAGUUUCUAACCACUGUCCCUAUUCUUUUAUUUUUCCUGGCCAGUUUUUAUACAAAAUACGACACUUACCACUUUCUUAUCAAUGCAUUUGUUCUUGCACUGAACCUUAUUCCAAAAUUACCCCAGUUCCAUGGUGUACGGUUGUUUGGCAUCAACAAGUACUGAAGAAGAAGAAGAGGACAACAAGAAGCAAAAAAAGAAGUGGGGAGGAAUGAAAAAAAAAGGAAAAAAAAAACUGUGGUGGGGUGGAGCUAAACCAACUUCUUCCAGCUCG